GUCCGUCGGUGGCGGUGCUUUUACGACGUGGCACGCGUCUCGCCGCCGCGGGAAAGCGGCGCGUUCAAAUGUCAGACCGGAGAAACGAUGUCAUUGUCGACCGACGCAUCCUCUUUCCUUUCGCUGUAGCCGCGACACGAAACGGUGCGAAAUAAAGCCCCCACUACACACGCCGCCGCACAUCGCCGAGCACGGGAGCCGACGACGGAACGGACGGAAAACGUUACGGCGCAUGCGCAGGAGCGGCGCGCCUGCUUUUCCGGACGGGGAAAUCUGAGUGUCCGGUUUGUUUAUGUAGACCCGAGUGAUGGAAUUCUUUCUGUUUUGGUCGGUGCCACUCGGAAUUGGAUGAAGAUCACUUUCGACGAGAUCGCCGAACGACCCGCGCGUUGUCCGGCGACAGCACCGGUGCUUGGUUUUGAUGUGUGUACACGCCGGAGAGCAUGAGACGCGGAGACGGUGCUCGUUUCGACAUUAGGCCUAGCGCCUCGCUGUGUUGUGCCCCGGAGAAAUACUACGAGUGCGCGCCGUCACCGCCGUCGAAAUGAUGUCCAAGCAGGAGUCAAAGUCACACACAGGCCCGAACCAAGUCAGAAAGGAAUACAGCUCGUGGAGCCAGGCCAUCUACGACGCGGUGCUGACCGCCGAUGACAACGGAAAUUUGAACUUGACCGUCGACGGUGGCUCCGACCGGGGCGAGUUCGCCUACUUUAGUUGUGUUAAUUUCGACAAAGUGAAUUUCCUGAGCGGCCGAAUCGAAGACGGCGACACGAUCUUGGAGAUCCAAGGACAUCGUGUGGCAGGUUACACGAGAAACGACGUGCUGUCGCUACUCAACUACAGCGCACGAAACGACAGUGCCGUGUCAGUGCGAUGCGUCAGAGCAGGACACCUUACCAAGGACUUGAGGCAGUACCUGAACACCCGCUUCCAGAAAGGUUCCAUCGACCAUGAUCUCCAGAACACCAUCAGGGACAACCUCUACCUGCGCACAGUGCCUUGCACAACACGGAGUCCCCGGGAGGGGGAAGUGAAUGGUGUGGACUACACUUUCCUGACACUAGAGGAGUUUGUCGCCCUUGAAAGAAGCGGGAGUCUGCUGGAGAGUGGAAUAUAUGAAGGCAACCACUACGGUACACCCAAGCCGCAGGAGGAAGGCCUGCUGCUGCCCGGGGCACACCCGUCCUCGGAAGGCAAGCGGCGCAGGAACCGCUCCAACGUGGAGGCCAUGACGGCCAAGUCCCAGGAGCCGGCCCCGUCGCCCAGCCCGACUCAGCCACAGGGGCUGCAGGCCAACGGGGCCGGUCCUCCCCGAGAUGCCAGCCCCGGGGCCUUCGACCUGGAGCCGCUUCCCGCCUGUUGGGAGAAGGCCUACACCGAGGACGGCGAGCCCUACUUCAUCAACCACAACACGAACACAUCGCAGUGGCACGACCCGAGGUUAAGCAAGUCUCGAGUGUCGUAUGACGGGGAGUACGAGUUGCCAUAUGGUUGGGAGAGGAUUGAUGAUCCGCACUACGGGACAUAUUACAUAGACCACGUCAACAGGAGAACGCAGUACGAAAGCCCACUCCCUCAUCUGAAGCUGCAAACCUCACCUGGCUCAGGCUCUGGUGUGAGUGCAGUGCAAGGUAAUGGCAGCGUUGGUGGGGGUGGCAGCUGCGUCUCUCCAGGCAGCGGCCAGCUGGCGACAGCCAGCCCGCAAGGCUCCCAGUCAUCCCAGCAGCAGUUGCUGGGCAACAGCGGUGCAUCUCAGCCCCGAGAGACCAGCCCGAUCCCGGGUGGGUCGUCGGCGAGCCCCUCCCACCACCAUCACCACCACCACCAGCGGCCGCACUCCCCGACAAGUGGUGGCGCCUCGACGUCUUCCUCCGCUGUGAAUAAUAACCGUGAGUGCCGUCGACCACGCACGCCCUCCUCGCGGCACUCCCCGCUGUUCCCCUGCCUGCCCUGCCUGCGAGACCAGCCUCAGACUAACACCUCCUCGCCCUCGUCCUCUGAAGAAGGGGCCACGCCCCCGACGACGGCUGCGCCGCCGCCUGGCUCUGAGAGGGUGCUGCCGCCACCAGCCGGUCCUUCGGCCGACCACCGCCAGGGAGGAGGAGGGUUGCUGAUGCAGCUGGGAGGCAGCCCCCAGCAGCCGCAACCCUCCGCCAACCACCGGCCUGCUGGCACCAUCACGACCACACCCACCUCGGCCGCGGCCGCUGCCGCAGCGCUGCGCACCCACCACCGGCCACCCCCCGCCACUCCCACCACCGCACAGGACAGCCCGUCUCCUUGCGCGGCGGCGGCCCUCCCUGCCUCAGACCAUGGCUCACACGGCCGCCUGCCUUACCUGUUUACGCGGAAUCCAGCAGAGCUUCAGGGUGACAUCAUCCAUACGUCACUCGUCAAGAGUGCCCGAGGCUUUGGCUUCACUAUUGUGGGUGCCGACGAAAACGACUCCGAGGAGUUUCUUCAGAUCAAGAGCAUUGUUCCCAACGGACCUGCUUGGGCCGAUGGGAAGCUGCGCACUGGCGAUGUGCUGGUGUACGUCAACAGCAUUUGCGUCCUGGGCUACACCCACCAGGGUGUAGUGAGCCUGUUCCAGUCAAUACCGCCGGGCGAGAUGGUGCACCUGCAGGUCUGCAGAGGCUAUGCCCUGCCUUUCGACCCCGACGACCCGAACACUGAGAUUGUCACCACCAUGGCGGUCAUGUCUCCCGAUGACCCCAUGGCACACCACAGACCCCGCGCUGAUGACUACCAGGACAUCUACUCAAGUAAGAGCUUGGAGGACCUGGACAGCACGGAGUCGCGGACGCGGCCUGCCAAGUCUAUGCCGGAUCUGAGCGGCCCGGACAGGCCACGGCCGCAAAGGCACAACAGUGCCGACCUGCUCAGUGUAAGCGGCGGAGGAGCCCCGGACAUCCUCGAUUUCUCUGGGCCCGCUUCCCCGGGCACAGUGGGCCCCAAGCCGCAGACACUGACUGUGGAGAUAGUCAAGGGAACUUCGGGCUUUGGCUUCACGAUUGCAGACAGCGCCUAUGGCCAGAAGGUGAAAAAGAUUCUGGACGAGCCACGCUGCCGGGGCUUGCAGGAAGGGGACCUGCUGGUGGAGAUUGAGGGUCGGGACGUGCGAGGCCGCCCCCACACGGAGGUGGUGCAGGCACUCAAGGACUGCCCCGUCGGACAGGCGGCUCGCAUCACCCUACACCGAGGUGGCUUGCGGCCAGCGCCUUCCUCGCCGGCUAAAGUCAAGGCUCGUGCUGCCAAGGUUCGUCCUUCGGAGGACUUCCUCUCGAAAGGAUCCAACUCGACCUUCUCACAUUUCGCCCUGAAGAGUUACCACUCAGAUGGUUAUGUACCAGCAUACCAGGGCCCAUACAGGAGCAAAACACCAACUGCUGAGCUGUACAGUUCACGCGAGAAGGAAACCGUGGUGGUGAGCCGUCCCAAGACCCCAUUGGUAGACACCCGGCAUUGGACGUCUCCGUCCACUGACACCUCAGGCAACACCAGUGCCAGGAUGGAACAGCAGACGUCUGCGCCAAGUAUGGACGAUACACCGGUGGCGGGUGCAUCGUCAGGCAGCUCUAGUCCAGCCAAGCCACCCAGGACAGGCCAGUAUGGGGCGUGGUACUUUGAACCAUCGUCGCGCCAGCCAGAGUGGGCUGGCCAGAACUUCCGGGACACAACUAUCCGGCCUGCAAAUUCAAGCCAGCAGCCGCAGGCUCUGUCCCAGCAACAACAGCAACAGCAGUCACCCCGGUGGUACUCUUCUGCACAAGCCGACUACGGCACCACGUCUGUCUAUGGUGCUAAGGCAAACAGUCCUGCGUCGCAGCUGAGUAGUCCAAUUGUCGAGGAGCGACCGGCACUGUUGACCCCAACACAGAAGGACUGGUCGAGCCUGCCAGCUACAGACGGCCUCCCGCAAGGCAGGGGUUGGAGCUACAGCUCUCCUGACUAUGGCUACACGAGACUGCCCAGCCACCAGUCACCGGGGCUGCGGUCUCCGCUGUCCUCGCUUACGCAGCAGCUGAACAGCAGUCACCUGAGCGGUGGCAGCCCCUACUACGGCCUCUACGGUUCUUCGGCACUGGAAUCGCCAAGCUUUGCACAGGAUGGUCUUUCGGGACGCAAGCACUCGACCUCCUUUGAGCACGAGCAGCCUGUAACGUCGGCGACGAUGCGUCCAGGGGCCGAUACCCAUGCGUCUGACGCAGUAGACCUAGUGGUGACGCUUCAUCGGCAGGAAAGCGGGUUUGGCUUCCGCAUUGUGGGAGGCACGGAGGAGGGUUCUCAGGUCUCCAUUGGCCACAUAGUGCCUGGUGGAGCUGCUGACCUGGACGGUCGGCUGAUGACGGGUGACGAGAUAGUCUUUGUGGAUGGCCAGAACGUCCUGCAUGCAUCUCACCACCAUGUGGUUCAGCUCAUGGGGGCCGCUGCUCUAAAUGGAUGCGUCACGCUGGGCCUCAGGCGGAAAGCACGCUCAUUGGUGGACUCUCCUCAUCGAUUAAACAACUGCGAAGUCACGUAUCCCUACAAUGUGACAGUCAUGCGUCAUGAGAACGAAGGCUUUGGCUUUGUCAUCAUCUCAUCAGUUGGGAAAGCGGGAUCCACAAUAGGCCGCAUCAUUGAGAACAGCCCCGCAGAACGCUGUGGUCAGCUGCACGUAGGCGAUCGAAUCUUGGCUGUCAAUGGUAUCAGCAUCCUUGAUAUGCACCAUGGCGAAAUUGUCAACCUCAUCAAAGUGUCUGGGCUGUCUGUUGUCCUCACCAUAGGACCACCUUUAGAUGACACCUCAAGCAAUGCAUCUGUCUCGCAAAGGGGCGAGGAGGUGGGGGGCACCCGUGGCCCAGAGCCCCCUGGCGGCAGCGGCGGCGGGGCUCCCAUCGACGGCGGUGGGGGGGAGUACCACAGCGUGGAGUUGCAGCGGGGGGUGCGGGGCUUUGGAUUCAGCAUCAGGGGGGGCCGAGAGUUUCACAGCAUGCCCCUUUUCGUGCUGAGGAUCGCCGAUCAGGGCCCGGCCCAGCUCUCGGGAAAGCUGCAGGUUGGGGACCAGAUCCUGGAAGUGAACGGCAUCAACACGAAAAACAUGACGCACGCCGACGCCAUCAACAUCAUCCGUCAAGGGGGCAACACUGUACGGCUCCUGGUCAAGCGGACGCGCAAGGUGCCGUCACCACUUGUUGUGGAGAGCCCACCGUCCCUGCUACACCCUGGUAUGUCUGGCCUCUUGAACGGCCCCCUGAGUCAGAGCUCACCCCGGAGUUCAAGCCAGGUGAACUCGCCUCCCCAGCAGAAGGACUGGUACAACUGGAACAUGGAUACAUGAUCAAGGGGGACCAGGGGAGCCUGCCUCCCCAUGCGUGCAGGGUUCAUGACGGCCCUUGGGCCGCCACGGUUGGCUUGGAUGCCUGCCACUGUGUAAAGAGUCAAUAAGCUGUGACAAUUUUUUCUGGAUGUCUUUCUUCACAUUUGCUGUCCAUUCUUUCAAGAAGUGUAGAUUAUUUUUAGCAUAGGCAGCUCUUGGGAGGUGACGACAGCUGGCCAGCCAGCACAAGUGGACUGAGCUGCGUUCUCAGGAGGACUGUGUUUCUGUGCAUUGUGUACUGAGUGGAGAGCCAUUUUGUUUUGGCUAGACUCUGUCUCGUGCGUGUUUGUGUGUGUGUGUGUGCAUUCCAAGCCACACAGAGUACCAAAUCCGCCAUGCAGUUUGAUUGUGCACACAUAGGCAUGUUGAACAUGGCACUUUUGCAACAAGCUUCAACGCUGCACGUGGGGUCAGCAUCCAAUGCACACACAUGGGCUCAGCGACAUCGUGGCAUCGCCAGUGUUCGGAAUGGAAUUCAACAAAUGCAGCCUCUGCUUCCUCCCCUUGUCGCGCCAUUUUUUUUAAUGCUGUUGCAUUCAGUAACCUAACGUAAGCUCAAUGCAAGUGCACAAGUUAUGAAAUGGGCUUGCAUUCUUUGUUCCAUGUUGGCUCUUUGUCAUUUAUAUUGUUGCACGCCCCUCAUCUGCGCCUGUUUGUCGUAACUAUGAUUGUACAUAAGCCAGUUUAAUGCAUCAAACUCGCACCUGUUGUUGACUAAGAGUGUUCUUUGUAACUCCUUUCUCUUAAAGAACUACACUCCCUUCCUCCUAUUGCAGGGCAAUGGUUACGGCUGGAGCUUGCUCCAGCCAACCUCUCUGCUUUUCCUUAAAGAAAAUAUCUAUUGUUACACGCAUUCACGGAUAUAUUAAACAUGACUGGGGGAGGCCUGUCUGUGUACUGGCACACUCCUAUUGCCAAAUGAGUUGGCCAAGACUACUGUUAGCAAAUGCACUGUCGGUUCUUAAUUUCCAAGGUUUGCCUUUAGGGAGUGUUUCUGUCGAAGUAAUCACUACCAUCUUGGCUGUAAUGUUGAUUGCAUUUUAGUAUUUAUAACCUCACAACUUCUUGGCACAGGUGGUACUAAUGUGCAGGGCUGAUAGAACAGAGCAAGCUGCUCAAGAUGGCUGUAGUGCGCCUAAAAGCCACAGUGGCAUACUGUUCGAUCAGGUUCAUAAUCUUUUUAUAAUGGCAUUUUUGUGUUUUUUCAGAAUGAGCUCUUGUUUUGUUGUCAUGUGCCAGUCUUGUAAUAUUCUGGCCAUGAUGGUGAAACCGAAGGCUCGCUUGCUGUUGCAGCUAGAUGGAGUCAAGUCAUGGCCAUUGACAUUUCCACUUGUGGCCGAUACAAAUGCAUUUAAUUUGAUUUCAUUUUUUUAAUCAUCGCCACCAUGACUGUCUGAUAUCGAUGAUAAGAAUGACCCAGUGGUACUCGAGCCAACAACAGAUGAUAAGAAUAGAACAAGAGUAGAAAGCACUGCACAUUCACGGCUUGGAAUUGUGGGCACUUGUUUUGUAGGGUAGCAAACAUGGGCAGAGUGCUUGAAAUUGUUAGCUUCAUUGAAGAUGUUGCAUAACGUUAAGUUGAACACAAGUUUACAUUGACUAUUUCUAUUGUUGUGGCGUUGACAUGCCUAACUUUCAUUUUCUUUUUUGUAAAUGACACUUGCGAUUGUUAGAUGCUUUUAGAAGAAAGGUGUUCCAUCCAACAGGUAGCUACUGUACGUGUGCCCCUUUAGGCACAAUUUGUGCCUCCAUACUUGGCGUUGUUCAGGGGGCUUCGCUUGCCAUUUUUAACUUCAUUGCUGAACUUUUCCCUCCACAAAGAAUCACAUUGAAUGGCUUAGUGUGAAAAGAUAGUAAGGAAGAACAGCUAUUGAAUCAAAUUACAUGUGCUAGUUAGUAAGUUUUGACACCACCUGCACUGUUACUUUGCUUGAUUCAGCAAAAUGUGCCACAGAACAACGCCACCUUAAGGGAUUCAUACAAGAUGUGCUGUGCAAGGAGAACCAAUCUGUGCUUGACAUGUAUUGAGGUUUUGUUGCGUGAUUUGGAGCGAAAUGCCAGUUGUGCCACAUGUAAUGCAAGAGUCCGAAUCUUGUAUGCAGACGUUUCAGUGUGUCAAUUCGCUGCGAAAAUGUUAGGUCGUGCAGUUAGAGCAGCACAUACAAAAGUGGCUGUUGCGCUGUGCACAUAAUUGUAGAGUCUAUGUAUAGUGUGUUUUUGUCACUCUGAUGAUUGCAGCUUUGAUCACGAUUGUAUACAGAGUCAUGCAUGCACUGCACGAUGCAGAUUGCUUUUGAUGGCAACGUCAGUUUGACUGAAGCAUUUUGCCAUCAGCAUAAAUUGAAACACAAACAGGAAAUAACUGAUAACAACAGCUGUUAUGCAUAAUUACAUGGAAGUCCGAUGUGUAAUCACUCUGUGGCUGGUUUCUAAGCAUCAAGUAGUGCUAAGCGUACGUUUUGGAGUCUGAAUAGAGCCACUGCUGUAAAUGCGGGUGAAACUGGAAACGGAACAACGCACUAGAGUAGUUUCAGAAUUAUUUGCAUUUGAAUUUAUGCUCAUAGGACGCACCUCGUACACGCUUGCAUGGAAUCCUUUUAUUUCUCCUGUAUAAUCAGUACACACACAUCUAAGUGUACAGUCGAAUUGAAAGGUGGCAAGGAGACGGUGCUCUCUUAGUUUCUGAAGUAUCAGAAGGAUGUGGCAAAAUUAAAGGGUAACUAAAUUGAACUAUUCACUUGAAGUUCAAGCUAAAACAGUAUUCCUCAUUUUUAGAACAAAAUUUAAUUAUUAAAUGGAAAAAUCUAAGGCCAUAUGUACUUCAAAUUUUUUACGUUAUGUACACUUAAGGUCAGUGAAAUGUCUUUAAGUCAGUGAAAUGUCUUAAGGUGAGUGAAGUAUUUUCAUGUAGUAUUUGGGAUAGAUAUGUGCACUGGAUGUUCCCUAUAGUAGCUGCCAUGUUUAUCUCUUGCUUACUUCUUAAUACAGUGCUUAUUUUACAAUAAGAUUAACUGGCCAUAAUUACAUCCUUAGAAAACCUAUUACAGCACAGAGAAUUAGAGCAGGAAUUGCAAACUUGCAUCGGCUUACAAUGCCUCCACUCACAGUUACCUAUAUGUAUUUUCCACUCUAAAAGUGUAUUAAGGCAAGCUUUAGCUUAUCAUAAUUUAUAUUUGGUGCCCCCUUAAAAGCACUGGUAGCCCUAGCUUUGCACCUUUUACAUAUCCUCAUAGUGCUUAACCGUGCGUAGUGUACACUGACUUUUAACCUGAAGUUGUUUCAUAAGGCAGAGGACUAUUUCUUUUAUUUAUGUAGUAUCCACAAAGAUAUUGUCUAAAUUUCAGAUUUUAACACACACCUGUUUUUAACUCUCACAUGUAUUUAUCCACCAUAAUGGACAAGGAACAAAACAUCUUUCACAUCAUGUUUAGAAAUUUUCCUUGCUUAUUUAUAAGAACUUGCCAUGAUUUUCACACCCGUAUUACUUCGCACAAUCUUUAUUUUAGCUUCUCACAUCAAAUGGUAACGUGUGGGUUCGUCAAUCAAAUCUCAUUCCGUUAAACGGCACUCUUCCUGAGGUCGUGCUUGCAUCCACUGUGAAAACUUGUCAGGGUUGCCCUAUGAACCAUUCCAUUCUUCUCAUUAUUUCUUUCUCCAUUGCUUCUUCAGAAAAAGAAGAUACUGCUUAGAAAUUCACAUUUUUUGCAUUAAUUGCAUGUGUUGAGUAGGUGAGGCGAGGCCCAUGUACAUAUAUGUGACAUUUUACAUUGGCUCUUUGUCGUGCAGGUAUAGGUGUGAUCUGUCCCGUCUUCUAUCGUUGUCUUAAAAGGUCCUUUUGUCCUCCUACAUUUAAAAAGUGGUCUCUGUUAUGGUGUAAGGACUAAUUUGAAGGGUAAGAAAGUAAAUAAGAUGUGUAUAGGAUGUGUGCAAUUAAAACAUUAGAAAUGCAAGACGCACAUUCCAACCUUUGACAACUCUUAACGGAGCAGCUUUUAAGGUUUUAAUUAAGCAGUGCUCGAACAAGCAUUUUCCGUUGCAGCUUUUGUAGAGGGGCUGUGCUCUCAGUUGAUCACUUUCAGCAAUGCUUUUGCAUUUAUGUGGAGGUAUAACAUACGUCCCGUGCAUUGGAGGCACGUUAAAGAUCCCCCCUGGUGGUCAAAAUUAAUCCGGGGACCCCCCCACUACGGCGUGCCUCAUAAUCAAAUCGUGGUUUUGGCACGUAAAACCCCAGAAUUCAGAAGUACAACAUACAGCUGGAUUCCUAUCACUGCAGGCAUUUGUUUGCAUCUCAAUGCUUCAAUGGCCAGCUAUGUUGAUGCAGCAUGACUACAUGAUAUGGAAAUGUCAUGUCUUCUGAAAACUAAGCACCUUCCCCUCUUCCCUGAGUGUAGAUGCCCAAGAAUAUAUAUAUAAUGUGAAUGUAAGGUGAUCCCACCACAGGAUGAAGGUGAAGGACUGCAGUGGACACGAAUCUACCUAUGAAAAAUAAUAACCUCCUUGAAUUAUGAACAUUUCUGUUCACACAGAUAGUAGAACACCAUCUUGUUGUGUUAUCUGAUAAAGAAAGAUUGUUCAAGUGUUCAUCUUCACAGAGCCAGCUAUGAGAUCUGUGGCAGGGGGAUUCCCCCAUUGCACCCUGCAACCAUUCCGUGCCCCCUCUGCAAAAAAGCGGCACGUCCGAAGGAAAGUGAUCAGUCGAAAGUACUGCCCCAGUUUGGGCAAUAAGCAAGUGAAAUUAUUUACUCUUUUAUUAGUUUUAUUUUUGCCAUAUGCCAUUUCUCAUGUCUCUUCGGCUGAAAUUAAAAUUUUCCGUUCAUAUAGUGCGAGCGCAAUGUUAUAGGUGUUAUUGCGUCGCGAUCUUAAGCAUAUCGCGUGGUGUGGAUGCCAAAAUGAACCUGUUCCGUUGGUUGGCAGCUUUCAGCGUUAUAUUACGAAGAAGAUGGUAGCUGGAGGGGUGCAGUUUCAUGGCUUUACUGCCAGAAGAGCUUGAGAACUUUGAAUGAAACCAGAUCUUCGCAUGAGACAAGCACCCCCCCCCCCCCCCCCAAGGUUUACACAAUUUUCCAUCGUUGGUUAGAGUAGCAUGGCAUUAGCUACUGCUUGCUGCUUGAAGAACACAGGUGUUACCAAGAUGGAAAAAUGUUUCUGACAAGUGCCUCCUGUGCAUUCCCGCACAGAAAACAUGUUUCUGCCAAAAUUAGCAGCUUGUUUGUCUUAUAUGUAAUAUAAGGAAAGCAGCCAAGUAAGGAAAAAAAAAAAAAGCAAGCUUUCAUGUGAACGUUCUCGAACAUAUAUUUUAUCCCCACCUGAUCUUGUUGUUCCUGGUGAAUCUUCACGCAUUCUUUUUUUUUUCUCAACUUUUAUCGCUGUGCUAUCGGUGCUACAAGGAUCCCGAACCGGUAUUUGUUCUUUGGGAUUCUUCGCACUUCUCUCUCUCUUGUUCUCGUGUACCCUUUUGUACAAGCCUUUAGUGUGUUUGAGAGAGAACUGUGUAAAUUUAGCUAGUAAAUACAAAAAGUGUUAUUAUCGCUGUCUAUGGUAGGCAAAAAAAAAAAAUAUUAGAAGUGUAAAAUGAAAAGGAGAUUAGUGUUUCGGUGCAGUCAGGUUUUUUUUUGCGCACGAGAAGGGUUGGAGAGAUUGGCCGCUGACAUUUAUUUUUUUCUGUUAGUGUGGCGGCUCUUCUCUGUUUGACAGUGUGCCAUCUAUGACAAGUCUGGAAAUAAAUUUUAUCUGCAGAGA